AUGAUGAAUAAAGCUCAUGAGUUUGAUAAGGAUAUAUACACUGGAGGUCUUUUAAAAGAACUGAGUGGGCCAGUGUGUACAAGGAAUAAUAUAAGUCUAGAAGUUCUACUUGAAGGCAUGGAGGUUGGGACUGAGCCCAGUGGGCCAAAUAAGGGGGUGGGGUCGAAUCUCAGAGACUGUGUGGCCCAGACCCAAGUUAGACCAACUCUAGCCCAAACCAUCCAUACGACUAUGGCAAAUAGGGCUGGUCAAGGAAGCAAAUUCAAGGAAGCAGUAGCAAAAAGAGGGUGUAAUUCAGGGAAGAAGGGCAGUGAGCAAAGGAAGGGCAUCAAUAUAGUUUUUGAGCUUCAGAAUUGUUGUAGUAAUAAGAACUUCAUCAUUUUAUCAAGUACAACUUGUAGCUCUUUUCCAUGUGUUAUUGUUAAUGUUUAUGCUCCAAAUGAGGUUGUGAGGUGGAGAAAAAUCUGGGAAUCUUUGGGCUUAUCUAGAACAAUUUCAGACCAUUGUCCAAUAUUGCUAAAAGAGGAUGAUAGGGAUUGGGGUCUUAAGCCCUUUAAAUUCAUUAAUGCUUGGAGAUCACAUCCUACUUUCAUGGCUGAAGUCAAAAAGAGGUGGGAGGACACACAAGUGCAAGGUUGGGCAGGGUAUAGAGUCAUGAGAAAGCUGAGCAUUUUGAGGGACCAUCUAAGGGUGUGGAACAAGGCAGUGUUUGGCAACAUAGACUCCCUACUAAAGUCAGCUGAGGAGGAGCUACAUGAAUGGGAUCUAAAGGCUGAAUCCAAGUCCUUGAUUGGUUUGGAAAUUAAAAGAAGAAGAGAAGUCAAAUCAAAGGUGUGGCAGCUCAAUAGAAACAAGGAGAGGUUAUGGCACCAAAAAUCCAGGAUGCAGUGGGUUAGAUUUGGGGAUAGAAAUACAAGGUUUUUUCAUAUUAUGGCAAGCAAUAGGCAGAGAAAGAAUAUGUUAGACUCAGUUUUGGUAGAGGGAGUGAGGUUAGAGGAUCCAGUGCUGGUAAAACAGGAGGUGGUUAGGCACUUUAAUCAGCAAUUUUCUGAGCAUUGGAUUCAUAGGCCAAAAAUGUCAUGCCCUUUUGCUACUAUUAGCCCUGAGGCAGCAGUAAGUUUGGAAGAUGUUUUUACUGAAGCUAAGAUUUGGGAAGCAAUCCAAGACUAUGAUGGAAACGAGGCCCCUGGUCCUAAUGGCUUCAACCUAGCUUGCAUUCAAAGUUGUUGGCAAAUUAUGAAAGGGGAAAUAAUUCAGUUGAUGCAUGAAUUCCACACCAAUGGAAAGUUGUCAAGAGAGAUCAACAGUUCAUUUAUUGUUCUUAUCCCCAAGAAGGACAACCCUAUAGAUUUGGGGGACUACAGACCAAUUAGCUUGGUCAGUUCAAUCUAUAAAGUCUUGGCCAAGGUGUUAUCUAGAAGACUUAAGAGGGUUCUUCCAACUGUGAUCGGUGAGGUUCAAUUUGCCUUUGUUUGUGGAAAGUACAUCCUAGAUGGGGUGUUAAUAGCAAAUGAGGUAGUAGAUGGGUGGAAGAGAUCUAAGAAGAAGGGGAUUAUACUCAAGUUAGAUUUCGAAAAAGCAUAUGACUCAAUAAAUUGGGAGUUUCUAGUAUCUAUGAUGAGAAACUUUGGAUUUGGAGAACAAUGGAUUAGUUGGAUGAAGACUUGCAUUUCAACUGCUAAGAUUUCUGUUCUGGUUAAUGGUGCACCAACUAAGGAAUUUCAACCACAAAAGGGGCUCAGGCAGGGUGACCUUCUAUCGCCUUUCUUGUUCAUUAUAGCAGCUGAAGCACUUAAUUUGUUAUUAGGGAGGGCUACUGAGAAAGGUUUAUUCCAAGGUGCCAUAGUUGGUUCUCAAAAGUUAAGUGUAUCUCAUCUCCAAUUUGCAAAUUAUACCAUCAUUUUCUGUGAAGGUGAUUUGGAGGAAGUGUUGAAUUUAAAAAGAGUGUUGAGGUGCUUUGAGGUGAUGUAUGGGCUAAAGAUUAACUACCACAAGAGUGUUGUUUGUGGGAUGGGCUUUCAAAAGGACCAAACUAAGGAGUUUGCUCAGACCUUGAACUGUCUGACUAAGAAGCUGCCUUUUAACUUCUUAGGUCUGCCUUUAGGGGCCAAUCCAAGAAGGAAGAGUACUUGGGUUCCAGUAAUAAAAAAGGUGAAGAAGAAGCUGUCCUCCUGGAAAAAGGAAGUUGUUAUCUUUCGCAAGGAGAUUGAAGGGUCAGAAAAUAAGAAGAAUGUGCAUUUGGUUCAAUGGAGAGAGGUAACCAGAAGUAAAUGGCAAGGAGGUUUAGGAGUGAGAGAUUUAGGAGAGGUGAAUGACUGCUUGUUGUUAAAAUGGUGGUGGAGGUAUGGAAAUGAAGACAAAGCUUUGUGGAAAUCUGUGUUGUGCUCUAGGUAUGGCAGAAUUGAUGGGGGUUGGAUGCCACCUGUGUCUCACACAGGUGGGAUGUCAAAUAUCUGGCAAGACAUUGUGAAGUUGCUUGUAGUCAACCAGCACCAGAGAGAAUUUUAUGAUGACCAUUUUAAAGUAUCUGUUGGUAAUAGGAGGAGAAUACAUUUCUGGUCUGAUGGCUGGUUAUGUAGCAGAGGGUUGAAGGUUGAGUUCCCCAGAUUACAUCACUUAUCUACUGAGAAAGAGGAAACUCUGUAUCAAAUCAGUGCUAAGAAGAGCAGUGCAGGAGUGCGAUUAGGCUGUUUGUUUAAGGUGCUUGAGGUGUGUUUUGUGGAAGCUUUAGCUGCUCUAUCUUGCUAUGGUUCUCUGGGUGCUGUGGCAGCACUUGUGUUGUCACACUUUGUGAGGUUUGUUCCGACUACAUUUUGA